ACUCGCGGCUCGCGCACGUCCAUCGGAGUCGGACCCGGCUAAUUAUUAUCGGGAAGAGCGCGAGAAGUUUUGGCGAUGUAUGUAUAUUCGGCCAGUACCCCAGUUAGUGUUAUCAAACUCGGUGAUGUGUAUAAUCGCAGUGAGCGCUCAGUGCAGCACCGGCACCGGUCGAGUUGCGAGCGACAGGAUGACGUCCAUAGAGCAAUUGUCGCAAAUGGUCACACGGCAUCUCGGUCUUGACGCUUUCUCUGACGAACUUCAAUAUACGACGAAAUGGACAAUAUUUGAAUCGCCGCUCGGAGGUCGUGGCCUCGUAGCCACUGAAGAUAUAAAAACCGGUGAUGUGUUAUUUGUUGAUCACCCACUCGUCUACGGGCCUCGAUGCAGAGCAAUCGUACAACGUGGCUGCACCGUCUGUAGGAAAAUUCAUAGCGAUACAUUAUUCAAAUGUUCACGCUGUGCAUUGUUAUUAUGUUCGGAACAGUGUCAAAACAGUGAUGUACAUUUUAGUGACUGCAGUAUAAUUUCCUGUUGGCCUAACAAAGUGCCCAUUGAGGAUGUUGAUGACGCACUAUUGUCCCGCGCGCUAACUUCGAUACGAGCGAUGUUAUUAAACGAAGAGCAAAGAAAUCUGCUAACGUCCCUUCAAGCACAUGUUCUGCCACAGCAUGGGAGCGAAAUAAGGAAAUUAAAAGAAUACUUUGAUAUCCCUAUACAAGUGGAACAAUUUCUGACUCUCGUCGCAUGCAUUCUGGAUGCUAACGCAUUUCAAAUUGGUACUCUGUAUGGGAAAAAGGAGCUGAGUCUGCAUGGUCUUUACCCCGUUUCGGCUAUAAUGAACCACAAUUGUGUAUCAAACACGAGGUAUAGUUUCAACACUGACUCGCAAAUGACUGUAAAAGCUGUAAAACCAAUACAAGCCGGUUCUGAAAUAUUCACGUGUUACACCGGAAUGUUAUGGGGCACGCCGUCUAGAAGACUCCACCUUUACAGCACUAAGCAUUUUCUAUGCACAUGUGACCGCUGUGCCGAUCCUACCGAACGUGGCACUCUCCUGGCAGCUCUCAAAUGUUUCUCUAGUGAAUGUCUAGGAUCUUUGUUACCUCUGCAACCAUUGAAAACCAAUACAGCAUGGAAAUGUCUCGACUGCGGUCUCAGAGUUCCGCAUAAUAACAUUUGCACUAUACAAGGUGCACUUGGAAGCCUCGUCGGUAGUUUAGACUUUGACAAUGUUCUUGCGUUAGAAAAUUAUCUUUUGAACAGGAUCACAAAAUAUGUCCCAAAGACCAAUCAGGUCGUUGUUGAUCUUCAAUGCCGACUUAUUUGGGAAAUCGGAGAAGCCGAAGGAUUUCGAUGGCACGAGCUGGCGGCUCCCCGGCUGGCGCUGGCGGAGCGCCUGUGCCGCGGCACGCUGCGCACGCUGGCGGCGCUGGGCGCGGGCGAAGCGCUGCUGCGGGGCCUGCUGCUGUAUCACCUGCACGCCGCGCUGGCGGAGCGCGCGCGCCGCGAACCGCACCUGUAUGAGGAGCUGAAGUCAGAAAUAGAGAAUACAAUUGAACAAGCGCACAACAUUCUCCAAGGUGACCAGGCUGCGCCCCCUGAUCUUGAUCUACGGCGACAGUACCUGGGUGCUGGAUGCGAUACGCCUCACGAGGAGAGGUUCUUUUUUCUACACGCUAACGAUGCACCUGGCCACUCAAAGUAAAGGCUGAAAAUAAAUGAACUUUGUUGUUAAUAACUAGGUAUAGGGUAAGCAGGGGGAGUGGCGUUCACAAAAACACUAUAUAUUUUUAAAUUUUACUUACAAAAUUAAUAAUAUUAAAAAUGAUUUAGGUUUGAGUAUACCCUGGUUCUGGAAACCUAAUGUUGUUAUAGGCUUCAUCACCGUCAUUAUUUCAUCAUGACUGUUGUCGUCACAAAGGUGUUAUUUAUUUUCAUUUUCUGAAUCUAUUUCUUGCAUAACUUUCGUUUCAUAUUUUCAUAUUUUUGAUUUUGAUUUUCAUAUCAUUUUUCUGGGCAUAUCUUUAAUAAAAUAUAUACAAGAUACGCGCGAAAAACAUAACUUCUUGUAGUCGGGUAAAAAUGUAGUGUAAAUGCCCUUAGGUGAGCGGCUUAACCCCAAACAGUCGUUUUGCAUUUAAUUUGAAAUUUAAAAACUUUCAUAAACAAUUAACAACUGUUUAGGUAGGUACAUACAUGUGUCAUAAAACAAAACAGGUUUGUACUUUCUGUCAAUUAACCAAGGAUUAAAAGUCUGGACUAACCAACGAACAGGCCGAAUCGAAAAUUAGAUCAGCCCCGUACAAACAAGUGCACUUCAUUCUUCACGAUCGCAUGCCAUGAGCGUGUAUCUGCCUAUUACAUAUAUUAUCCUGAUUCACGGGACGCGGCGUAUUGCUAUGUUCCAUUUUUUACACAAGAUAAAGAAGUGAGCGCCAAUACCCAGUGAGCGUUAUUGCCCCUAAUUAAUUAAGAAGGUAUUUUUCCCGUAAUAAAUAAUUCCUUUACUUUAGGAGGAAAAAUAACUCUGUAGGAAGGUUUAAAUUUUUUCUUAUUGUAAGAGGAUCCUAUGAGCUCCUAUACAUUUUUUAAAUAUUCAGUAGGUGCGAUGCCAAAACCUAAAACGGGCCUCUUUAUGGUGCUCGUAUUUCAUAGUUUAGGUUAAGUUAGGUUUUAAAAUAGGUUUAGAGUUGAUCAUUUUGUAAGGUAUGUUUGAAACUUGAUAUCGUUAAAUGUUAGAGAAGUGGUGCCACCAGUCUAGUAUGUACCCACACAUUUGUUUAAUAGGUGCCAAAAGAAUAAUAUGUGUAUGAAUCUGAAUUACAGAGAAUAGACCCUCUCAAAAAAGAGAACUACAUACAUAUGCAUGGAGUUUAUAAGGAAACGGGAUAUGGCGAAGCAACAAGUUGAGGUUGUAUCGUGUUCAGAUUACGUUUAUUUUGUAUUUAUGUUGGUUUUAUUCCACUAAUUAUUGGUUAUUGAUUUUGUCAUGAAUAUCGAAAUUUAUCGGAUCGUCUAGCCAGUUGCCUCGUUUCUUUACCGAGUCUACGUUCCCGAGAUUUUGAGAUUUGUAGGUAAAACACAUUCCAUAAACUUAAUUUCGUUCCUAUUUCUAAGGCUCUAUACAUAAAUAAUUCUGCCCCAAUAUCCGCAUUUCGCAUUUUUAAUAAUAUUUACCUUUUUUAUAUUUUUUAAUAACAGUGAUUUGACUUUUUGAAUGUGACCAUUGUGAUAAGAGCAAUGAGUGGCAAUGAGCAAGUUGAUUAGGAGUGGGCACGAUAAUAGUCUAGCGGGCGGCCGGCGGGGAUCGAACCCAUGAUCUUUCGGCUCUUUUACCGUGUAGCUGCUAAGGCUUAAAACUAAGUACUUCCUCUUCUCCAUGUCUGUAAUUAUUACUUGUAACAUUUGUGAUUGUAGCGAGCGACGUGCUCGCUUUUCGCACGGAUGCAUCUAUUAAUUUAGCACUUAACCCUAAUCUAAUGGAUCUUUAGGGAGGAUCAUAGCUGGCGUACAAUAAGCCAACCACUGUCAACAAACUCAUUUAGUCUAAAAGUGAUCAAAUAAUAAGAUUCAUGCUGAAAGUAUUAUAGGUAUAGUAUAGAAAUAAUAGCACAUUAAAUUUUUUCGUACUAUUUAAAUAA